AUGGCUCGUCAAUCCGACACCUCCUCGUACACCACCAUGUCUGAUUCUCUCAGCACCGAGUCUUACCACCCUACCCGGGAGGAUCCAGUUGUUGACGCAGCAACUUCGUCCCAUGCAAGAAGACCUAAGGAAACGGUCACCGGGUUUUCAUCAGAAAUCGCUCUUGAUGAACACACAAGGGAAGGGUCAAGUGUUGAGAAAAAUGUCACUGACAAUGUUGAGCAACCAGAUGCUCAUGAGGGAUCAAAGAUUGAAAAACCCUCAGGCAAAGUGAGAGGUGAGCAGGCCAAUGUUACUCAAGGUGUUGAGGACAACCCUAGGGCUGAAACGAUUAACGUGGAAGAGCUCUCGGACAAUGAACUUCUGGCUACCGUUGUCCCUAGGAUAGCCAAGAGAGUUAGGUCUAGAAGGGAGAAAAAGGCUGUGGAGCAGAAGUACCCCUCCAAGGAAGUUGGUGAAACAAAUCCUCAUAGACAACCAGGGACAGAGAGUACUCACAAAAGGAAAGGCUAUGGACCUGCCAAAUCUUGGAGCAAAGAGGUGCCCAAGAAGUUGAAGACCAAGGCAGUGGUGGUAGAGUCAGAAUCUGAUGUCCCAUGUGAUGUCACAACUUCCAUGUCCAGGAAGAAGCCCUCUUCAAGCAAGUUGGCUGCUAGUGUCCCAGAAGUCCCGAUUGACAAUGUGUCCUUCCACUUUCCCUCCAGUGUUAACAGAUGGAAGUAUGUCUACCACAAGAGGCUGGCCCUGGAGAGAGAACUGACACAGAAUACACUGGACUGUAAGGAGAUUGUGGAUCUCAUCAAAGAGGCAGGAUUGAUGAGAACUGUGUCUCAACUCCCUAAGUGCUAUGAGACCUUAGUGAAAGAGUUCAUUGUAAAUCUGUCAGAGGAGUGUGCUGAUGGUAAAUCCACAGAGUUUAGAAAGCAUGUCCCUGACAUUGUCUUGACAUCGGGAGAAACAUCCAAAGCUGGCAACCAACCAGACAAGGCUGAUGUUAUUGCAGUUCUCAAAGAGACCUGCAAAGAGCUGGAGGCUAGAAAGCAUGCACUGGAAAAGCUCAUCUUGCAACUAGAGACUGCUGCUGAAGACACAGAUGGACCUGACAGGCAAAGCUCUGAGGAGGAUGAGGAGGCCAACUCUGAAGAGGAGGCUGAUGAUGAGGCUGAGGAUUAA